GCUGCUCCUGCUUAUAUUUCCUGUGACAAAACUCUAUGGUUCAAGUAGCGGGCCUGGCGCGACCCGUUUCUUUUCCUUUUUUUUUAAGUCAAUGACCAGCGAACAGGGAAAAUUACGCGCCAUCAACGCUGGUGAUGAUCUGGGUUUAUAUCAAGACAGCGACGAGCAAAACCUGCCCGACGUGACGUUUUCAGUCGGGACAUCGCUUGCGAGUAACGCAUCGCGAACGCGUGAGAGUCAGCCUCUUCUUCGUCGAAUGGAGCCUGAUCUGGGGACCACAGCAGAGACCUUCCCGGACGACCCGCAGUUCGCUAAUGUCGUCCGGGAAGCCAUCACAGCGAUUGAGUCAGGGAUUUAUCCAGAGCGAAUUUACCAGGGAUCAAGUGGAAGCUACUUUGUCAAGAACUGUGAACGAACGAAAAUCGCGGUCUACAAACCAAAGGAUGAAGAACCGUACGGCAGGUUGAAUCCCAAGUGGACGAAAUGGAUGCACAAGCUUUGUUGCCCGUGCUGCUUUGGAAGGAGUUGUCUGGUGCCGAAUCAAGGCUACCUGUCCGAGGCAGGAGCGUCGCUAGUGGAUCAAAAAUUGCAACUGAACAUUGUACCUAAAACUAAGGUGGUAAAGUUGGUUAGCGAAACAUUCAAUUACUCAGCUCUGGACCGUGCCAAGGCCCGGACCAAAAAGAAUGUGACGGAACGGUUCCCAAAAGUUGGCCGACAUUUUCAUCGCAUUGGUUUGCCUCACAAGGUGGGAUCCUUCCAACUGUACGUGGAAAGCUACCAAGAUGCCGACUACUGGCUGCGGAAGUUUGAAUCAGAACCACUCCCCCCUGAUCUCCAGCGCAUGUUCCAGUUCCAGUUCGAGCGGCUAGUGGUACUGGAUUACAUUAUUCGUAAUACAGAUCGGGGAAAUGACAACUGGCUUAUCAAGUGCACCCGGCCCGACAAGGAACCUCAGAGUUGGAGCCCACGGACACCAGAGAUCAAGAUCGCUGCCAUCGACAAUGGUCUGGCCUUCCCAUUCAAGCAUCCAGACUCGUGGAGAGCAUAUCCUUACCAUUGGGCGUGGCUGCCUAUGGCCAAGGUGCCUUUUUCUGCAGAGACACGUGACCUAGUUCUACCGCAGCUUUCCGACAUGAACUUUGUGCAAGAGAUGUGCGACGAGCUCCAUGCUCUUUUCAAGAAGGACCCAGGUUUCGACAAGAACCUUUUUGAGAAGCAGAUGUCAGUCAUGCGCGGUCAGAUUCUGAAUUUGAACCAGGCAUUAAAGGAUGGCAAGUCUCCCGUGCAGUUGGUCCAAAUGCCAGCAGUCAUUGUGGAGCGGAGCAGCCGACGACCAGGUGCUCGUGGACGUAUCAAGUCGCUGAAUGACAACUUCAUCCAGAGCUUCCAAAACAAGGCCCCUUUCUUUUCUUGGUGCUGACACCCUAGACAGGGACUGUGACUCUUAAAAGCACAUUGGGUUUAUCUUUCUCCUCCUGGUGGCUUUUUUGUAUUUUUCUUUCUUUGGUGUAACUUUUAAGACAAUAAAAACCAACAUUGGGGCCAUUGAUGGGGGUGCAGCAGCUCAACAUGUGUGUGCUCUGUGGGUGCUAAAUCCCCUACUUUCUGUGACAGUUAAGUUGCUGCUUACUGCUAGUCACUUCCAAGCAGGCGUCCUGUAGUGCAUGCCUUAGAACACCGUUUCAUUUUCUAGUACUGCAAUUCCAAGCUGUCAGGAAGGCAUUCAAGAUGAAGUGCACACCCCCUACAAUAAUGCCUCGAAUGGGCAAUGUAAGUUACCUGUAUUUUAAAAACAGAUUUUGGCACAAACGAAAAGAGAGCAUAAAUUAUUGUUGACUUUUCUUAAACUAGCAGGAAACUUAAACUACUUCACUUAACUGCGACUGCCGAGAUGUUGCCCUAAGGCUGAAUAUUCACUAAGGGAUAAAAGAUUUGGUUAAACAUGUGCAAGGGGAGUUAUACAUGCUAUUUGAAUGAUCUUUUUUUUUUUAUGAUGCCACUGGAGAUUUUCUUUUAGCAACACAUUAACAGCAGUGGGCAUUGGUGAUUGAAUGUGUGAUAGCUGUUUAUAUUAUAUUCACAAAUUUUUGUUAGUUACUUUAGGGCACAUGUUGCAAUUGUAGCAUUGGGGCUGGUCAGUAUUAAGGCAUGCCCAUUUAGGAGUUGAGACUAUCACUAAUUUGAAGAAAACGCUCCCUAACCAUGUACUGAAAUGACUCCGUGUGCAAUGUACCAGUUUCCUUCAAAGCCUACCUUGUGCAUGUGGGACAAAACUUUGUGGUGGAAUGCCUAUGUAUUUCAUGCCAGGUUUUGGGUACAAAUACUUCAAACUAGAGUAGACAUGCAAAUGCUGGCUGGUUGGAGUUGCACAAUUGCAACAUAGGCUCCAAGGUAAUCGAAAGUGUAUUUGUGAAUAUAUUGCCAAAAGAAAGGCAUUAUCUCCAUUGUACUUUCUUCAAGAAACAACCCUUAUUGGAACAGCUGGUAUAGUGCAAACUAAGCAAGUCGAAUUCUAUGAAUUGCUUAUGUGAUCUUGAAUGUGCUUCAACCCCAUUACAAUGCCUCGAUUUGUCUUUUUAGCUUUUUGGUGUUUCAUUAAAGGAGCAGUUGGCUCCCGAGUUGUAGCUUCAUGCAGAAGCCAUUAUACUGUGAACUAUGUGUAAUUAUUCUGAAGUGUUUAGUGCCUAUUACUGCUUUGUUUUCGUCCCAUUUUCGCAACAAUAUUGUAUUGUUUGGUCCACAUUGUGCAGUAAAACACGACAUCGUCGUUUGACUUGGUCAUCUGCACUUUAAAUUGCGAUAUGCAGCAAAACGCAUCUUUGCAGCAGCUCUUUUCUGAGAUGACAAUGAUUUUACAUUCUUUUUCCGCACAAAGCAGACAAGCAAGGAUGCCAAGUGCUUUAUUGAAUUAUGUGGACCAAAAGGUGCGAUCUUGUUGUGAAGUAUCUGUGCAAACAGCAGUAAGCGUAAAAUAUUUGUUCUUAAAGUGCAGGUCACUGCGUGCCAUGUGCACAAACUUUCCAUUCAUUUGUACAUGUUUGUGCAUGAAGGACUGAAUAAUCAGUAGCUUUCUUAACAUCUAAGCAACAUCCUGUCAAAUUGCACUACCUUGUGAAGCCAAAGACUAUGUUUGAUGUUUAGACGCGCUAGCUAUCUUCGGGUGUAUGAGCUGCUGCAUCCUCUGUGGCUGGACUGAAUGCACAACUGACUGUGCGCAUGCCAAUGUAGCCAUAACCUGUGCUGCUGUACUAUGAUGUAGCUUACCUUCAUUGGCACUGCCUCUUUGCGAACAGUGGGAACAGUGACUUAGAGCGAUGCAUUUAUUUUUGUUCAAAAUGCAUCGUGAAUGGCAAUUGUGAUGUGAUAGCAGCUGUCAGAAGAGUGGAAUGUGUGCUACAUCAAUGCCUUGAAAUUGUGCAGCAAGUGGCAAAAAGCCGCCAAUAGUCACUGUGGUAUGCUUUGAUGUGUAUUUUCCCGAUUUGCUUAAUAAUGUUUUGGGUUGUAGUUCUUGGGAACAUGAAACAGUGGUGACACAAGAGGACUGGUGGAGCUGCUGGCUUUUUCUUGAAUUAUUGUACUCCUUCAGUUCUCAAUAUCUUGGAAGGUGUGUCUGCUGAAACUAACUUGGAAUUUCAGUUUUAUUGCCACUUGUGGGAGAUGCGUUUCAGUGAACAUUCGCAAGGGAAUCACAGACUGCAAGUAUUUAAGAAGUGUGCAUUUUUGGAAAAGAACACAUUGUUUUUAUUUUGCUAAAUAAAUAUGAAGUUUGUUGUUAUUCAAUAAAAUGUGGCACCUGUAAA